AUGGCUAAUUGUAGAUCAGGCCAAGCUUUUAUUAGAGCUCUUGCUGCAAUUGCAACCUUAACUGCUGCAUUACUCAUGGGACUCACUCAGCAUACUGUUGAUUUUGGAGUCAUAUCUAUGCAUGCAAGCUAUAAAUCUUCUAUAGCAUUCGAGUUUUUCAUGUACGGUAAUGCCAUUGCAUCUGGAUAUUCAUUGUUCUCCUUGCUUUUAAUGGCUUUUUUAGGCAACAGUUACUUUAUGCAUAUGCUUGACAUGAUGGCAAUGGGAGGAGUGAUGGGAAUAGCAACAGGGGCAGCAGCAAUUGGGUAUGUGGGUAAAUAUGGAAAUAACAAGAUUGGUUGGGGUCAAGUUUGUCCAUAUUUAGGGAACUACUGCAACAAAAUGAUGUACUCUUUCGGAGCUUCUUAUCUUGGCUUCAUUUUGCUCUUCAUUGUCUCUCUUUUCUCUGCAAUUCGUAAAUCCAAUUGAACAAACUACUAUUUUUUUGGA